AGAUGCUUCUGAUUACCACCAACCCAUAUGACUUCCCAUUUGUGAGUCAAGGUGAGAUCACUGUAGCCAGCAUCGAUGAUCAGGAGGAACUCAUAGCCACAGAUAGCGCCAUUGACAUUCUGGGCUUCAGUUCUGAUGAAAAAAUGGCCAUAUACAAGCUGACGGGGGCAGUCAUGCACUAUGGGAACAUGAAGUUCAAGCAGAAGCAGCGUGAGGAGCAGGCGGAGCCGGAUGGCACAGAAGUGGCUGACAAAGCAGCCUACCUGAUGGGUCUGAACUCAGCUGAUCUGCUCAAAGCGCUGUGUUACCCCCGAGUCAAGGUUGGGAAUGAAUAUGUGACCAAAGGUCAAACCGUGCAGCAGGUGCACAAUUCGGUGGGUGCUCUGGCAAAGGCGGUCUUUGAGAAAAUGUUCCUGUGGAUGGUUAUUCGUAUCAACCAGCAGCUGGACACUAAGCAGCCCAGACAGUACUUCAUUGGUGUCCUGGACAUUGCUGGCUUUGAGAUCUUUGAUUUCAACAGCCUGGAGCAGCUGUGCAUCAACUUCACCAAUGAGAAACUGCAACAGAGAGAGAUAAAGAUUGAAUGGAGAAAAUGA